UAUGCUAGCUCUCUCUCCUUCUCUCUCUCUCUCUGCGGGUCACUGUAGUCACAAUCUAGGGUUAGGGUUACCAUGGUUGCAUUCAACACAAUUUCCUUUUGUUGAUUCAUUUGAAUAGCAUUGUUGUACUGAACAUUCGAACUCCGAUUUUCAUCGAAAGAAAUUUGAGUAUAUCGAGAAGAAAAUGAGUGUGGAUCUGGCUUCGAAUUCACAUGGCAACCUCGAUGAGCAGAUUUCACAGCUCAUGCAGUGCAAGCCCUUGUCCGAACCUGAGGUUAGGACGUUAUGUGAGAAGGCUAAAGAGAUUCUUAUGGAAGAGAGUAACGUUCAGCCUGUAAAAAGCCCAGUGACCAUUUGUGGUGACAUUCAUGGGCAGUUUCACGAUCUUGCUGAACUUUUUCGCAUUGGAGGGAAGUGCCCAGAUACAAAUUACUUGUUUAUGGGAGAUUAUGUUGACCGUGGGUAUUAUUCAGUCGAGACUGUCUCACUUCUGGUGGCUCUGAAAGUGCGCUAUCCUCAACGGAUAACAAUUCUUAGAGGGAAUCAUGAAAGUCGACAGAUAACUCAAGUUUAUGGGUUUUAUGAUGAAUGCCUACGGAAGUAUGGCAAUGCUAAUGUUUGGAAGAUAUUUACGGAUCUAUUUGAUUAUUUCCCAUUGACUGCCUUGGUCGAGUCAGAAAUAUUUUGUCUGCAUGGUGGAUUGUCCCCAUCCAUUGAGACACUUGAUAAUAUACGGAAUUUUGAUCGUGUUCAAGAAGUUCCACAUGAAGGCCCUAUGUGUGAUCUUUUAUGGUCUGACCCAGAUGACCGUUGUGGUUGGGGCAUCUCUCCGCGUGGUGCUGGAUAUACUUUUGGCCAAGACAUAUCUGAGCAAUUCAAUCAUACCAACAACCUAAAGCUGAUUGCUCGAGCUCAUCAGUUGGUUAUGGAGGGAUUUAACUGGGGACAUGAUCAAAAGGUCGUCACCAUUUUUAGUGCACCUAAUUAUUGUUAUCGAUGUGGUAACAUGGCAUCUAUUUUGGAAGUUGAUGACUGUAAAGGGCACACAUUUAUCCAGUUUGAGCCAGCUCCAAGGAGAGGAGAACCUGAUGUUACCCGAAGAACGCCGGAUUAUUUCUUAUAAUUCAGUUGCUCGAGUUACUGAUCUGUUGCGGCUGCAUGCUGGUUGGGAUAAGGUGGUUGCAGGUCCUUACUGUGAUUGAUUUUAAGAUGAUCAAACUCAAGCUACUAUACCCUUGUUAGUGGUUGUAGGAGGGCCAAAUGGCAUGUAAAGUGGGCAGAUAGGGGCUCCUUCGAUUAAAUUAUGUUCUAACCCUAGUUUCGUCAGAUCAAGCAGCAGACUGGCGAUGCUAUAAUGUAACAUUUCAUGCAUGUUCCCCUUUUUUAUUUUUAUUUUUCUUUUUUCUUUUUAUUUUAAUAUUUUUCGGUCUAUUUUUCUCUGGUUUUAUAUUUGCUGUUUUGUUCUUGGGUUGGUGGGGGAGAUGGGGUAUUUGUAGAAGUGAGAGGAGAUUCAAUGUCAAUGAGUUGUGUUAAGUUUUUUCCUCCAUUUUUUGUUAAAUGGAUUAAAUUGUUAUGCAUAGCUAAUGAACUUUUAUUUGCCCUCUA